AUGCUCCGAUCAUUCCAGCCAAUGUUACUUUGGUGGUACAUCUUCCUGACCGGGACUGCAGCACAAGUCAGGGCAUCUUCAUCAACGCCGUGCCUUAGCCCGGGCGAAUCCUACAACAUCGCCCUUCGUUGGCUGCAGAUCUUCCAAACCAACGAGAACGGCACCGGCACCGGCUCCGCGAUCGUGGCAAGCACACUUACCUCCAACUUCACUUACUACGAUGAAGGUGCAUCCUUUGGCAACGCCACCGCUGUGUACGACUCCGCAGGCGCAGUGUACAACUCGGUCAGCGGCUCCGGCUACAGUGGCUCGCUGGUCACCAAUGUCACAUACUCUAUCAUCGAGAGCUUCGCCAGCUGCGACACCAGCGUGAACAGUAACGUGACGGUUGGCACACCAAUCAGCUAUCGUGGGACAGACUAUUUGAAGGUGGAUCUGGAAUCGAGGCUGAUCUACAAUGUGACAAGUAGCUCGGAUCUGCUGAACUACUACAUUCAGCUGGGAGCCGUCAAGCAGCCUUCGUAG